ACAUUUGCAAAAUAUUAGAAAUUGGGAACGUAAUUGCUUCUUUCUCUUUAAUUUUCUACACUGUUGGGUGAAUGAAAAGUUAAAAUGAGGUGUUUGGAAAUAAUUUUCCGCACAAUACAAUUGUAGUUCUAGUUCCGAUAUUUUGGUGGAUAUGAUGAAACGACCGGAUGUAAAUUGGAAGAUUUUUAUGCUUUAUAUUUACGGUCAUUUCCACAUGUUUGUAAAUGUUUACAAUCAUUUAGAAGAUAGAAAAGAAAUAGAUGAACAGUCGUAGUUGGAGUAAAGGCCCGAAAUUUUAGCGACACAACCGAUAAAAAAAUCAACGUCAACUAUUAGCAUGGAUGUGGAAAGGGUGUUUGUCGAUUUGGAGUCGAAUCAAAUACACGAGUGCGAGGAAUCCAAGCGAAAACUGGUGGAAUUGUUUACACAAAACAAAGAGACAUGGCCUGUUCACUAUAUGAUGGAGUAUUAUUACAAAACAGGUUCCCAACGAAUUAUGGAGGUUUUGGUCAAAGUACAACCGCCGCACGAUGCAUUCAUUUUCGACCGUAUAUCUGAUUGGCUUAAAUUACAAACACAUCGCUUACAGGCUUUAAACUUUUUAUUUUUUGUUGUUCGUAACAAUCCGACUUGGUUAUUCAAAGUUGAAAAACAUCGCCUUAUAAAAGAUAUGUUUAAGCUUUUGAUGACUGAAAAGGAUAUCGUACCACUAAUGAGUGCGCUACUUUGUAUCAUAACAUUAUUACCCAUCAUACCUAACUUGGUUCCAAAUAUGUUAGGCGAUUUAUUUGAAGUCUUCGCGCAUUUAGCAACUUGGAACUGUCAGAAUCCCAAGGGAUUACCAGAUGAUAAGCUUGUGCACCUACAGUUGGGAUUACAAAUGUUGUUUCAUCGUCUUUACGGGAUGUAUCCUUGUAACUUUUUAGCCUUUCUAAGUGAUUUUGUAAAAAAAGAAAAAGGUGCUAUUUUCCACCACACAAUCAAACCUUUGUUAGAGACAGUGCGGAUGCAUCCAAUGCUGGUAACAGCGACAAUAGAUAGUGAAGUUAAUCAUGGUCGCUGGAAAGAAAAGGAGCCUCAUGACGUCGUUGAGGAGUGCGCGAGAUUAUCUCUUCCCAUGCUUCAUCAGGAUUUCAACUCUGAGCAAAUGGUUUCAAUAUCAAGAGGACUUAUGGAAGCGCCAGGAGAAGCCCGAUUUAUGUUGGAGUUGAAGAGAAGCAAUGAUUCCAACUCGGCCUACAAGUCAGAUAAGGUUUACUACACCGCUGAGCAUAUAAGGGACCAGCAGCAGCAAUAUCACAUACGAGGCAGUAAUGGUCCAAUGUGGCAACAUGACUUUGAUGCAAAUAGAAACAUGAGUGGUGCUAUUUGGAGCCCUUACAAUGAAAUAACAGCAUCCGGACAAAUGCCAUUAACACCUACACCUUGUUAUAUGCUACCAUUACCGCCUGCGGGUGCCUUCGUUUCCAGCAUCUCCAAUCAAGUUGCGGGUCUUACAGGUUCAUCUCCGCCUGAAGCCGCUGUAGAAGCAACGCCGGAGACAACACCUAUGAAAGACUUAAAAGAGCAUAAACAGCAUAUGACGAAUCCUCAUGCAGUGCGUGCCAUUUUUGCUAGUCAACCUUCUUCGCCUUUACGCAAAGAGAAUCAAAAUCAAUUCAAUUUCUCCGAUAUGGCAACAGAUGGCGGAGCUGUAACAGCAACAACGACGCUGUUUGAGCAAGAAGUAAAUACACGUGUGGUGACACGCGUAUCUACAACAUACGAUCGCAGAUUACAACAGAUUGUGCAUGAUCGUAGCCGAUCACAUAGCCCAUUUCAAACGAUUGAGGCAAUGAUGACCAAACAGCAAAAUUCUUUUCGUUCACCCAACGAAAUCAACUCUAAAUGUGGAACACCCGAUGCAGAUUUAAGUUGCAUGACAAACAGCAAUCACAUGCUGUCGUCAAAUGUGCCGACGCCUACACCUACUCCAACACCGACACAAGCAUUAACUCCCUCUGUAACACCAACACCAAAUUAUACCGCGCAGUCAGGAUCUAUGGCGCCACUUUCAACAUCAACAUUAUCGGCACUGGAAAAUAUUACAAAAGUUUGCAAUGAUUGCAAUGAAACCGAUCGAUCUAUGUGUACUGAGGGUGGGUUGCAAAUUCCAACCAGCCGAUCCAUGCAACUUUUAAUAGUAAAAGGCCUUAAGCGUCGUAGCCGUAUGGUCAGCGACUGUUACAAUGAUUCAAGUUGUAUGAGAGUAAGAUUGAACAAAAAACAUGCUGGAGAAAUGGAGGCUGUUGAAACCGAUAUGAGGAAUGUUCGGCGAACAAAGUCAUGUUCAGCAAUAAAUUUGUUAACGUCAAAAACGGGCACAGAACAGAUUCAAGAUGACAGUGACGACGGAAUUGCUAAUAACGUUGCAAAGACGAACGCGAAGAAUUUAACCAUAUUGCAGCAUCGUUUGCAAAAAAGCGGAAAAAUGUUAGCUAUUGCAACUGCUAAGAAACAAUUGCUUGAUGGCGGUGCAGUGGUCAAUUCGUUCAAUCAUGCUUCAACGCAGACCGUUGAAAAUAUUUCUCAAAAUUACGAAAACUCUUUGUUUCAAAUGUUGCUUGAGAGUGUGAAUUUACGUAACGUGCAUGAAAGGAAUCAGCUGUAUCCACAAGAGCUACUAGAUCUGUAUGUAUCACGCAAUUCGCGAUCAAAAGACGGAAAUGAUAUAGGGGGCCGACUGGAUCAGGAACAAUUUCAACUGCUCUAUUUACAAUUGCAAUACGAGCGACAUCGUCGUGAAAUGCACGCGGAAAGAAACAGACGUCUAAUGGGACGAAGUCGCGAUAAGCGCAGUGUUGAAAUGGAACGUGAUCGCUUGCGUGAACAAGUUAAAAGUAUCACCGCUAGGAACAAAGAACUACUGCAACAAAUCGAAAAUAACACCAAAUUGCACAAUGAGCGUGAGCAGCUCUACAUAGAUGAAUUGACCCAGAUCAAGUUUAAAUACCAAAGUGAAAUAGAGCAAAACAAGUGCCUUCGGCAGGCCAACGAUAACUUACAAGUUCGUCUAAACGAAGAGUUAGCUAAUCGAAAAGGCGACACGUACGAGUUAGAGGCUUUGCGCGGUCAUAUCUUUAAUUUAACUUCAGAAUUGCAGUUGGCACAACAACAAGCAGAUAUAGGACUACAAUGUAAGCAAGAAUUAGCACGUUUGGAAGCUGAAUUCAUUAUUAUGGGUGAGGUGCAAAUUAAGUGCCGCGACCGACUUUCAGAAAUAGAUAAUUUCAAAGCACGCGAUGAGGAAUUCCAUAUGUUCCAAAGUAACUGCAGUAAAGAGUUUAAAGAUUUGCGUCACGUUUUAGAAGAAAAAACUUCGCAAUUGGAUAGUGCAAAACAUAAAAUCAACGAACUACAAGCACAGCUCCAGACUAGCGAAAAAGUUAUCACAGAACAAAAGCGCCUACUCAAAGCAGUGAAAGAUGAAUAUGAGGAAGUUUUCAAGUCGCUCAACAAGAAAUAUGAUGUACAGAAAACCAUUAUAAUGCAAAUGGAGGAAAAAAUAAUGAUGUCUGUAUUUAAACCACAAGGCGGUGUAUUUUUAACUGCUUGUUCACCAGAUACCGAUAAGACCGAUGUUGCUUCAUCUAUGGAUCGAAAUUCGCCGCUGUCGACUUCUUUGGCUUCGAGUGAAAGUCUUUCUGCAAGUUUACGUUCCACAGAACUUCGGAAUUUGCAGCAAUUAGUUGAAACACCUACACUGGAGAUAAGCGGGGGUGGCGGAGGAAAUGGAAUUCCCACUGUGGCUGUGAAGAGUAGUGCAAACAUUAUUGAAGGAAGGCGCUUCCCAGCACCGGAUUUGGCUAGCUCUGCAAUGACAGCUUCUGCAACCGCUGUGGCUAGUGCCAUUAACAUUGUAGCGAGUACAAGUUCUGCAGCGGCAGCAGCAGCAGUGGCGUCAACUUUGCAAGCCUCACCUAAGGCACAAAACUAUGAUCCAUCAAGUGAAAAAGGCAGUCAUAUGCAUCCGCAUGUACAUUUGCAACAAUAACAAAGAUAAAGAAGAUAACAAUACCUA